AUGAACAUCGAUUCAUACGAACAGCUUACAACCCAAAGCGGAUGUUUAAGAUUAAAAAGACGUGGAUCAAUUCCGGCUUUGACAAUCUUCGUCGUUUAUGCGUCGACAUCAAACUAUGACGAAGAAGAAGUCGAAGCGUUCUAUAUGGACUUUGAGAAGUUCUACAGAGAAGACCACGCAUUCCUCAAGGUCAUCAUUAGAGAUUUCAGCACCAAGAUUGGACCAACAAGAACGUCUGAAGAACGCCACAUUGCAACCCACGGAUUAGAAUGGAACGAACAGAGUGAACGGCUGCCUGAGUUUAUCAAGGCGACUAAGACAAUCCAUGAUAACUCGCAAUUCCAGAAGCCCUACCCUCAGCGCUGGAAGUGGGAGCCUCCCAAUGGAGAGUUCCAUAAAGAAAUAGACCACAUCAUAGUAAAUAGAAGGUUUCGCCUAACCGAUGUCGCUGUUGUCCCAAAAUUCUACACGGGGUCAAACCACAGUCUCCUCCGUGCAAGAUUCUAUUCCUCGCGGAAAGGAGAAAAAGCCGCUAAAUUCCAAAAACCAAAGUGGCAGAACUACCGCAAACUGGGAACUUCAUUAGUCGGCUGUUGGCAAGAUGCCGUUAUCGAUAACAUCGACGAAGAUACGAUUGGCUCAUCCAACUUCUUCACGUUAGCGCUAUGA